GUAGACUUAUCAUUAUCUUAUAUUCCAGCUGCAGAAAUUAGCUCACCAUUUAUUUAUGUUUUUCUUUUAAAACCCAAAAGCGCGCCUUAAAAGAGAAAUUCAAACAUCGAUUGGCGUACCACCUCAGCGCAGCAAUCACGCGGGCGCUAUCGGUAGUUCUGCGGCAAUCGGUCAGCGGAAAUCGAAAUCGGAAAAACGUGUGAAAAAGCAACAGCAAGCAAGCAUGUCUGGACGCGAGGGCGGUAAGAAGAAGCCACUGAAGGCGCCGAAGAAGGACGCCAAGGACCUGGACGAGGAGGACAUGGCCUUCAAGCAGAAGCAGAAGGAGCAGCAGAAGGCCCUGGACGCGGCCAAGGCGAACGCCUCCAAGAAGGGACCCCUCGUCGGCGGCGGGAUCAAGAAGUCGGGCAAGAAGUGAUGCUGCAGCUGCCUCCCACAGCCCACAGCCCACUGCCAGCCACGCCCCCCACAACACCCCAAUCCGCAGCCCGCGGAGCACAGACCACGGGAUGCUGCAUUUCAAUCGAAUCACACCCAUGUGGACCAAAUUGAUCGUCUAGCCAGUUGGACCUUACGUUUUUUUAUACUUACGCUUACCAUUAAAUAGAGCAUUGUACGUCGGGA